AUGCUAUAUUUUCUAUUGGCCUUGAAGAAUGGUGAACUGGCUGUGUACGAGAGUGAUGAGUCCGACACGCUCUUCAAAUGGGACAUCAAGGACUGGGUCCUCGCUUUCAAUGUGGUCAUUAACCAGAAGAAGAUUACCAAGGACUCGGAGGAAUAUAAGAAGUUUAAGGAGCGUGCAGGGCUUCCCGAGUCGAACUUCUCUCUUGCGCAGCUCUUUAUUGAUGCGUCAUCUAGCACGAAAUUCAACCAGGAUUUGACAACCUUUGGCGAGCACAAUUUGAGUGAAUUGACCCCGGCGGCGAAAGCCAGCGUACUUCAAUUCAUCGAUCACUGGAUCAAGGUCAUGUCCGAAAGCGGCAGUAGCAUUCUAGGGUAUUCAGCCCAACGUGAACAAACCAAGGGCGCUGAUGAGCUCAACAAAUACGCGCCGUCUUUCCCUCCCACCAGUAUCGAUUACUUCUGUUACCCAUGGCGUGGAGCGGAUGGAAGUGGUGCGAACAAGGAUGACCAGGACAGCAAUGCUCUGUCCUAUCUCUUAAUGUCUGAUUUCAAGAACCCCCCGGCAGAGGGCGCCAUGCAAUAUAGUGGGCCGUGGGUCGAUGGCGAUGACCGAGUGGCCUCGUUCUGUAUGAACCGAGCUUUGUUUUGGAACUGGAUGCUGCCGAUAGCCAGGCAGGUUGUGGCAAUGACACCGGUGCCAGAUACACCACAUGUCAGUUAUGCGGGGACACCGUCAGACAUGCCCUGGCGGACCAGGCCCAAAUAUCAUAUUGGGGAUACCAAUGCUUCUGCCGAUGACUACAAAUGGGUACCAAAUCCCUCCGGCGGAUGGUCAACGAGCUCGCCCAUGAAAUUCGAACAGAACAAAGUCACUGAUCCUCAUAACUCGAAUGACUGGAUGAUCGGGGAGGAAUGGGGUGAUGAAAUUCAAGCCACCGUCUCUUUCGGUGCUGGAACUGAAAGACUGACGGUGAAGGGGGGGAGUAAGUUCAGAUAUCAGAUCGAUCAUCACAGAGACGGAUUGAGUGGUACGAGUUUCUGGGUGGAGGUAUUCACCGACUGGCAACUCUCUAUCGACAUGACAUCUAUUGAAGAGGGCGGGAUAGUCUUUCAUCCAAAGGAGAACAAUGACGAAGAUGUGAAAGUCACAUAUAAGGAGUAUGGGGACAUGAAAAUGGAGAGUACUGCGGAGGAUCUUGCUGGGGGCAUUGCAGAUCAGGUCAAGCAAAACAUGACUGCUGCUCUGGAUAGCGUGAGUGACACACUGUCCCAGGCGAUGGCCAAUGCAAACCGCCUGUGUCUCCCUGCUGCCGGCACUUUCUUUAUGAAAGACCCUGUUUUCAACGAUGGCGGUGAUCUGCUGAUCAAACUGGAAUAUGAUGGGGCGGAUCCUCCACCACCCCCAUCCAAAGGAAAAUACAGAUUCCGUCCACCGAUGUCGACGACUUCCGUCCGUCGCCUGGAUUUUAAUGCAGUGGCCGUUGUCAAUCCAUGA